AUGCCGGUGACUCGAAGUCAGCGAGGAGAAUUAAGGGAUGAGUUUGAUCAAUUUGUCGGCCAAGGUGCAGACGACGAACGGCUGAGUGAACACGAAGCGAGUGAAAUUGGCCUUGAAGAAACGCUGCACUCUGUGAAGGGAGUAUUGGGCGAGAUAAAAGACGAAGAAAGCAAACUUAAAGAAUUAUAUAAGCAAGUUUCGGGGGAGAAUCGUGUGUUAGCUGAGCGAAUUGAGCGUUUAGAAUCACAGGACACGGUUGGUUGGAUAAACCGCCAGGCCGACUUGGAAACUCGGAUAAACAUUCUACAAGGAAACAUUGAACGUUUAACGGCCACAUCGCGUUCGUAUGAGGAGAUAGAACGUCAACUUGAAACAUCGUCUGCGGAAAUUCGAAGUGUUCGUACGCAUUUUACGGAGAGUUUUGAAGGAUUACUUAGCGCUGUAGAGGGCCUCGAUAAAGAACUGCAGUCAACCGUAGCUGAUUUGCAAGGCAAAAUAAAUGACAUUAGUAAACUUUGUUUACCAGAGAUUCCAAAAGCCAAGUCUACAGAAAUGAAAACGGGCAGACGAGAUUUGUCUUUCAACGAAACGCGUGGCUCAUGUCAGCAAGUUAAGGAGAGUAAUUCGCUACGGAAACAAAAACCAGUCCAACCGUGCCCGAAGUUUAGUGGAAAAACAUCCUGGGAGGUAUUUCAAGCUCAGUUUAGCAUUGCUGCAGAGAUGAAUGGAUGGCAAGACGAUGAUAAAGCUGUUUUUCUGGCGACGGCGUUAGAGGGGAGGGCUGCGAUGGUAUUGGGUAGUCUGUCCGAUAAAGAACGGCGGGAUUAUAACAAGUUAGUGACUGCUCUAACCGUACGGUUUGGGAUGGCUCAUCAAUCAGAAUUGGCCAGAGCUAAAUUGAAAUGUCGAUCAAGGGGCAAAGAAGAGUCCAUACCAGAGCUAGCUGAAAGCGUAGAGACUCUAACGAGAGCUGCGUACCCUGAUGCUUCGUCAGACCUUCAGGACACUAUCGCUAAAGAUAACUUUAUCGAUGCUCUACUGGACGAGGACAUGCGGUUAAAGGUUCGUCAAGCAAGACCACAGUCCCUCCAAGCAGCACUGGAAAACGCCUUGGAAUUAGAAUCCUUCCAAUUGGCUUCUCGACACCGAAAUAGAACUCCUCGUGGACCAUCCUUGAACGUGCGCAAAGUCAAUGAAAAUAUCCCUCCAGAAAGUGACGAAAACUCAAGUAUCAAACGCCUUGAAUUAAUGAUUGAUCGGUUGUUGCAAGAAUUAACAAAGAACCCAAGACGUCGCCCACCCCGUCCACCGACGUCCGCCAAAUGUUGGUCCUGUGGUGAACCUGGUCAUCUGCAAAGGAAUUGUCCAAAAGAAAGCAAAGAACAAACGAACGAGCCCAAGAAUGAAGAUAGUAAAGAAAUGGAAGCAAAGAAAGAAGACCAGCAAAGAAAGCUUAGGCGCGAAGCUUCCGAAAAAUCACGGCCGGGAAACGGGAGGUGGUCGAGCUAG